AUGUUUCCAUUCACGCGAUCUCUUUUCCGACUCUUGAGCCCCACUUCUGCCCACUACCAGAGAAGCAGCCUCCAAAGCUCGCCACGGCCAAUUCUCCGCCAGCCAUUACGGCAUUCACCACAAGUGCUACGUUUCCGAUGUCUACACGCCUCGCAAGUCCGUGUCCAAGCAUCCAGCCCCCCGAAGUCCCGCGACCGCGGUCCGAAGAGUAACGAGGACACCCAAACCGACUUCGGCGCCCUAGACAUCCUGCGCAACACAGCUGCGCCUGCGACGGCAAUUGAUGCAUGUACUAACGACGGCUUCGCGCUCAACAAUCAGAUGCGGGUAAGCGGGAGCGGCAUACUUCUCGUUGGCGGCGAGGCAUUUCGAUGGCGGCCCUGGUCAAGCGACGAGAAGCUAAAAAACGCGAAGGGGCAGUGGGAGGUGCAGAAUGGUGCGUGGGGUGUGCUGGAGUUGGUGUGGCCGAAACCUGACCUUUUGAUCAUUGGGACCGGCCCUCAGGUGGCUCCCAUUUCGCCCUCGGUGCGGACAUAUUUAAGUGAUCUCGGCAUUCGGAUCGAUAUUCAGGAUACUAGGAAUGCUGCGGCGCAGUUCAACCUCCUGGCGACUGAACGGGGUGUCUCGCAAGUUGCCGCUGCGCUGAUACCAGUUGGUUGGAAAGAAGGGAGGUGA